UACAAGAGUUAUCAUCCCUACCUUACAGAUGAGGAAACUGAGUCCCUGAGAGAUGAAAAGACAUGGCUCAGCCACAAAGCUAAUAAAUGACAGAAUUGGAACUUGUACCUGAGACCCUCCAACCGCAAGGCUGAUUCUUCCUACUUACCUCAUGUUGUCUCCCAUGUGGAAUCUAAGAAGCCAGGAGUAAAAAUAUGGAGCCCACGGUGGUGGUCUGCAGGGUUGAGUAGUGCUAUUGAUUUAAAAAGUGCGUGACAGUGAUCUAAUGGGGAAGAUAGCCAAUGGAGACGAAUAGAGCCAGUCUAUCAGUAUGUGUAUCCUGGGCUGUGUUCCCAAGGCUUCAGAGACACACUGGAUUUCAUAGGAAAGAGGAACUGAGUAUUGCUCUAUACAGACACUUCCUCUCACUUGAAGAGGGAGAGAUCUGUCCAGUUUCCACUAAAGACCUCCGCUUCCUUUGCUGUGACAUUGAUCCUGCCCUGGUGGAUCGAGCUGAGAAAGACUGCCCCUUUCCUGCAACUAUGUCCUUUGUCACCUUGGACAUCAUGGAUCCCCAGACCCGGGAGCCCCUUUUGAGUUCCUUCCUGAACCAGUUUGGCCGCUCAGCCUUUGAUAUUGUCUUCUGUAUGUCCAUCACCAUGUGGAUCCAUCUGAACCAUGGGGACAAUGGCCUACUUGCAUUCCUGGCCCGUCUUGCCUCUCUCUGCCGCUACCUCCUGGUUGAACCACAGCCUUGGAAGUGUUACCGGGCAGCUGCCAGGCGCCUUCGAAAGCUAGGCCGCCAUAACUUUGACCACUUCCGCUCUCUCGCCAUUCGUGGUGACAUGGCUGAUCGUAUCAUUCAGAUUCUUACCAAUGACCAUGGCAUGGAACUGGUGUGCUGCUUUGGCAGCACCAGCUGGGACCGAAGUCUGUUGCUGUUCAGGGCAAACCAGCCGUCAGAGCCUAUGCCAUCCCUGUGACCAAGAUGAAACAUAAUGAACAGAGUAAAUUAACAACCUUGAAGCAACACGAUGAGAGGGAUGGAGAAGCAGAUUGAGAGAAACCAAAAGAAUACUGACCCGGCUGUGAAGAUUUCUGGGUUCAUCCUCUCCUUGACUGUUAACAAGGUAGCAUCAAGACCCAAUAGAAGUUAUUGGAUGAAUAGUCAAGAUAAAUGAUACUUGUUCCCCAUUGCUUGGGGACAGAUCAUGAAAGGAAAAGCCCAAAUCAGCAAAGCCCUGGGAUUUCUGAUGUAGAAUACAGGGAUGUCCAUUAUGAGUUAGACAUGGUGCAGAGGCUGUUUGAGGGUUUUCUUCUUAGGAGGAUGAGCUGGAACCUGGCCAGCCCUAAAAUGAAUUGAUCAUAUUUGUCUUUGGUCUAGUUUCUUGAGGAGAGGGAGGGUGUUCCUCUGGACUGGAAAAAGACUAGCUGUUUUCACAUUAUAUUCCUAGGUAUCAUGCUGAAACCAUAUAAUCUGGAAGGAGGACUUACUGACCUGGGUAAAAUAAAGGAUUAUGGAAAA